UAGCCUUGACUGAAAACAGUGUCUAGUCAAUGUAACCGUGUUGUGUAGUUGAGUUGAUAGUGAUGGCUCAUCAGUUUUGGAUAUCGUAUCACCCACCAACUGGAAAUAAACAUGCGUCUAGUGGAGAUGAGACCCCACCAAUACCGGAAGAAGAACUUGAGCAACAGAAACUUGAGCACGAAAAGCAACUUCAAAAGGAAAAGGAGUGCCAAGCGAGAGAGGCGGAGGAAAUCAGGCAACUUGAUAUUAAGCUUCUUCAUCAGCGGGCCAUUGAAGCCGAGGAGGACAAAAAGAGAGAAAUCGCCGAGGCAGUAGAAGGACUGCGAGGGAUGAACACGUCCUGGUCCCACCACAGGCUCUGUGACUUGCAGCGCCAGGCUGCAAGACUGCACCACAGUCGCCCUUCGAUACCAGACACAACAAAAUAUCAGCGGAAUAUGUUGAGAAAAUCGUGCAGCACGCAGCUUACCAAGCCGGAGUCCAGCCAAAGUAUUGAUGAUGGGAUCAUCCUAAACUUCAGUAGAUUCGGCCCUUGCCGAGACGCUUCCCUAGACAGCGAUUGUGGCUCCCCAGGGGGCUGCGUUAUUACAGUCAGCGCGGAAUGCAAUGUCACCAGCGAGCACCAUUGGCAAAACUCCACCGUUGAUAUAAGUUCAAAUGCUGACGAUGACUUGGGCCGCCCGCCGUCCUGCCAGGGUUGUCGGGCACCCAUCGCGUCCCUGGAUUGUAUGGACGACUUCAGUGCUAACUCUCAACAGAUGUUGGAUCAAGCCGGCGAGGUAAAUGUGUCGCGACACAUGUCGACUUAUAUGGGAAAUCACACCACCAUGCCAUCGGUGGUGACUCCAGGAUUGCGAUACAAGAAUUUGGGAAAAUCUGGCUUACGAGUGCCCAACAUUGGCCUAGGAAUAUGGGCCAUGCUAAACGAAGAUUGCGCUGAAGACGUCAUCAUGACCGCCCUGGAGAACGGCAUCAACCUUUUUGAUUUGUCUGAAGCACACUGUGCCAAGGGAGAGGCUGAGUUGGGCAGGGUGCUAAAGAAGCGUAACGUUCGGAGAACGAGUGUUAUCAUCACCACCAAAGUAUAUUGGAGCACCAAGUCAGAUGAAAGAGGUCUCUCUCGCAAACACAUAGUUGAAAGUGUUAAGUCGUCACUGUCUCGACUGCAGAUGGAGUACAUUGACGUUGUACUCCUGCAUAAAGUCGAUCCUGUCUGCCCUAUGGAAGAAUUGGUACGAGCCAUGAAUUUCGUGAUAAAUCAAGGAUGGGUCAUGUACUGGGGAACAGCACGUUGGACACCAGCAGAGAUAAUGGAUGCAUAUAGUAACUGCCGUCAGUUUAACUGCAUAACUCCAAUAGUAGAACAAACAGAAUAUCAUAUGUUCUGCCGAGAGAAACCUGAACUUUAUAUGCCCGAGUUGUAUCAUAAGAUCGGUGUAGGUAUGAUGGCAUGGUCAGCCAUUACCACUGGAAAAGGCCUAGGCCGCGAGGAAAUUACUGGUCUAUUCGCAAAAUCUCGAUUCAACAGAAAAUAUAGUACCUUCAGCUGGUGUGAAGAGGAUCUUGCAGUUCCUGAGGACUCUUUGCAGUUGCCCAUCUCCAGCAGUAAGGAUCAAGUGACUGGAGAAGAACCACGCACUUACGGAGACAAGCUACGUGAUCUUUCGAACCUAGCCAAUACAUUAAAUUGCUCAAUGAGCCAAUUGGCUGUGGCUUGGUGUCUAAAGAACGAGUCAGUCAACUGUUUGCUACUGGGUGCUACCAGCGUUGAACAAUUUAAAGAGAACAUUCACGCACUCCAGAUCGUACCACAGCUCACGCCGAUAAUGAUGAUAGAGAUCGAACGAUUACUCGCAAACAAACCACAGCGCCCACCGAUGGUCUCCACCUUGGCAAUGCGUAACCAACAGAAUAACAAUACCGUCCGGGUCGAUAUGACGGGAGCUACAACAUCGGGGACAGGAUCUCCAAAGCCUGAAGGAGAUGUAGUCGACGCUGAGGCGUCCACCCCCAGCAAGGAGCCCGGGCGGGGCUUUUGUGAGAUUCAGUGACCGUGGUGGCGCGGAAGCACUGACUCUGCUUCCAAAUCUAGUAGAUCAAAGGAAUCUCUGAAAGACAAGGAAAAGGAAAAAGAAAAGGAUUCCAAACCAAAAUUCUUCUUAAACAACGCAGGAGAAGUCAUCAAACGUACUGAGCAAGACGGAGUUUCCACUGAUGUCGUGAUAUCAGUAUCAUCGUUGAAAGGUAAGCAACCAGCUAGCGGGGGCAGUAAAGUGAAGAAGUCCAAGUCUGACACGGCACGUCCGCGGUCUUCUUCCUUGCAACGGUCCACUUCAGGACAGUUGUCCCUCGGCAAAGACCGCAGGAAAUCGCGUUUGGACUUGAACUCGCCCGCUGACCCAUAAUUUGAUUGCUUUUGAAUGUACACGUUCUACUGAUACCUGUGCAUCUACCUUUGUACCUACCUAUUAAAACGCGAUACGUCUCCUAGCAAAAAUUUUGCUGUGUAGAAAUAACUGUUACUCAGAAGUUCCAGGGACUGGUAGAAUAAUGUAAUUACAAUAACGUGGCGUGAUAGCAGUCCUUCGAGUUUCUUUACAAAACUACGGUUCUUUCAACACAGACAGAUAACUACCAUCCAUAACCUGCCCUACUGCAGCACGAAAUGCGACCCUUCCACCCAAUUUUUUAAAAGAUUCUUAUAAAACCAGUGAUUUUGCACGAAUUGCCUCAUUAAAAUUUUAACAAAUUUCUUAAUACCUGAUAUCAAAUUAUUGAUAACAUCUGCUCUACAGGUAAAUCAAAGGCAUCAAGUUAAAUAAAAGGACUUUAAGUGAUUGACAAAAGUCUGUGAUGGUUAGAGAUUAAUGGAAAAUAUUUCUUAUGCAAGUAGGUGGAUGAGAUCCUGGAUUAAUCGUAUAAUAAUAAGUUGUAUUUACAUAUUAUACUUAAUACUUGUAGAUGUAAUUGGCACUCGAAAUCUUUUUAUGUAGUGUAAACAAAGUCAAGUAAUGUACUGCAUGCGUAGGGGAUGUUCGUCGUGAACAACCAAGUAGCGUAAGAUAGGUGCUUAGGUACUACCUACUUAGAAUAAAACAUUGUCCACUAUACAACUUUGUGGACGGUUCACCAGCUGAUAGAAUGCCACAGGAGAUGCAAGCACCAAGUACUUCACUGUAGUGUUUAGUAAUCGUAGUCAAUUUGCGGAUCGUUAAAUCGAUAUUUGGAAAUCAUGGUCUCCCAUUACUAGGCGGAAAGGUUAAUCUUCGGAUAGCAAUACCAUUGAGAUUGGCUCUAAACUUUCUGAUAGAAUGUUUUGUUCUGUAAUUGAAUGUGUAAAUACUUCUAAUUACUGAAAAAUUAGACGAUUCCUUUGAAUACUGACUUGAGAAGUCGAGUCUUAUAUUAUCUAUUAAAAAUAAUAAAAACUUUAUCUUAUUUGAAUAUGGCUUUCAGAUCACCGAUUUGCGUCUCUUUUAAAGUUGUUAGUCUGGCUUAAACAUAGUAGUUGUGUCUUUUAUAAUAUUCUGCACCGUCGACAUUUUGUAUUAAUACAUUGUAACUUACUUAUUCAUAUAUUUCAUAUAAA